AUGCGGGUGAAGCGGCAGCGGGAGGUGCGACGCCAUGUGCGCUUCUACCGCACGAGCUGCGGCUUCCGCGAGCCGUUCAAGGCCGUCGCGGACGGCACGUUCCUGCACCACGUCACGCGCCUCCGCCUCUCGCCGCUCGCCACGUCGAUUCCCAAGCUGCUCGGAUUUCCGACACGUGUCUACAUCACACGGUGCAUUCUGGCGGAGCUGCAGCGCCUGGGGGAUGCCUUCAAGGACACGCGCUUUGCUGCCCGCCAGCUGGAGGUCGCCAGGUGCACGCAUGAGGGCGACGGGGCAGUGACAGCAUCGGAGUGCAUACAGCACCUCGUGGCGGGUGGUAACCACCAGCACUUUUUCGUUGCCUCACAAGACAUCGAACUCAAGAAGCUUCUCAAGAAGGUGCCAGCAGUGCCAAUCAUCUCAGCCAAUGGGACGUCAAUCUCCCUUGAGCCUCCUUCCCCUCUCGACCUCUCCCUCUCUAAAAAAUCGGAAUCUUCCCGGCUCGGGCUGCCCGAACACGAGCAGCAGCAGCUGCUGCUGGCGCGGGCAGCCAAGCGAAAGAAAAGAAUCGAGGAGACACAGAAAGGGCUUGUACCGACAGUGGUCGACAGGGGUUUGGUGAGACAGCAAUGCGGUGUUGCUGGGAGUGAGAGAGAAGAUGCAGCAACAGGAGGAGGGACAGGAGGCGAGGGGGAUGGUGUUGCUGGGAGUGAGGGAGAAGGGAGGGAUGGGGCAGGUGGUGCAGGGGCGGAGGAGGGGGGUGGGGGGGCAGGAGGGGUGAAUGCGAAUGCAGAUGCAUAUUUGUAUGGGUAUGAUUCGGAGGAGGAGGAGGGAGAGGAGAGGAAACCAGAGUGGAAGCGGCUGGGGUAUGUGAAGGACAGGGCCAAGUUCAAACGGAAACGAGUGAAGGGACCCAAUCCAUUGUCGUGCAAGAAGAAGGCCCGGCCAACAGUGGGAGCAGGGAGUGACGGGAAGAGACAAGGGGCGGAUGGAGAAGGAGCACGAAAGCGGCCGAGGAGACGGCGGAAGGGAGGCCAAGGGGCUGAGGGAGGUUCAAAGGGUGGAAAUGGUGGUGGCUCUGAGUAG